AUGGCUUUUGCUCCCGCUGUGUGGUUAGCUGCUCAAGCAGAACUCUACGAAGAUGACGAAGAGGCCGAGGCAAACAACUUCCCCGAGCCACAGAAAAACUACUUGGGUGAUUACGAUGAUGAUUCUUUAUUUGAGAGGUUUCAUUUAACUAGACCUUGCAUAAGUUUCAUCACGGAUUGCGUCAGGCUCCGAAUGAAAGCCACGCUCCAGCAAAUGAAUGGACCUUCUGUCGAUGAAAUGGUGAUAGUGGCACUGGACUACUACGUAAAUGGUAUUUUGUCGACCAAAGUCGUAGAUAUGAUUCAAAUGGAGCAAAUGGAGAUUCACGAAGUCAUCAACAAUGUCUCCAAAGUGUUGUCAGGUAUGGUCAGAGAGUUUAUCACUUUCCCGGCGAAUGGUGAGGAACGAGCAAAUGUGGCGCAUGAGAUCAAGAAAAUAUGCGGGAUUCCGACCUCCAUGGGCUUGGUGGGAUGCAUGCAUAUCAAGGUGAGACCCCCUCAGCACGACAAGGAUGCUUUUCGGAACACAAUGGAUAACCACACCGUCAUGACCCAAGUCAUAUGCGACUGUGAAGGGAAUUUCAUGAGUGUUGAAAACUGCUGUGUUGGCAGCACACCAGAGCAAACCAUUUGGGAUAUGUCGGAUAUUUCCCAGCAACUAAAGCAUGGAGCACACGGGACGCAUUGGAUCAUUGGUAAGCUAAUUCUACACAGGAAUAAGUUUUAUACAUUUCUUAUGACUAGAAAUACUGUGCAGACCCACUAGCCACCCCAGUUAUGGCUAAGGGUCUCCUGGUCUUGGAGUGCUAUUAGGUGUGCAUGCUGUUGUUUCAGCCCAAUACUAACACCUGUUUUAAACAAUCAACUAGCUGAAUCAGGUAAGUUGGUGUUGGUCUUGAACAGUUCUGAGUGAGUUUGACCAAAAACAGUGGUCUAACUUUAGGUGGGUCACUCAGUCACAGUGUAAAAAAGUCUGUCGUGAUUCACCAAUGUUCAUACUUGCCACUUUUUUGAUCCCACAAAGCUGGAAAAGGCUAUGCGUUGAGCAGACACCUCCUGACGGCCGUUUCGCCAGCCAAAGAGAAGGCAGAUCGGCGGUUCAAUGCAGCCCACGGCAUGAUCCACUCGGUCCUCCAGAGGACCAUCACCUUGGUCAAGAGGCGCUUCAGGUGCCUGGCCAAUCUGGGCCACGUGCAGCAGAACAGUCUGGACAAGAAGGCUGAGAUCAUCAAGGCCUGCUGCGUCCUGCAUAACAUCGCUAAGAAGUUUUCGGUGCCUGCGCUCAACGAUACCGUGCUGGAGACCAUGCACCCGGCCGAGAAUCACCAGGUGCCGGUGGUGGAGGUGCCUAGCUACGCCGAGAAAUCCAGAGCCGCCAUUAUCGGCAUUUAUUUCUCGCAUUCCUCCGGGAAUGACGGCGUUUCAGACUGA